AUGUCUGGCCGAGGCGGUAGAGGAGGUCGCGGCGGCCGUGGUGGUCGCGGAGGACCGAUGAUGAAUGGGCGAAGAAGUGUCGCCCAGAAUAGCGUGCCGUGGACUAUGGAUUCAGAUAUCGUUCUGGAUGGCAAGCCUUCAGAACAGUUUCCAUGCCAAGAUAGCCCUCUCUACACACAAGCACGCUCCUAUAAUGACUCUGGUCCUCGCCGCGUGUAUGGCCAGGAACAGAUCAACAAACGUUAUGGCACAGUAUCCAGAGCCACCAUUGAUCCCUUCACCGCCGUGCCGCAAUACUCAGACCGGUUCCAAAAAGUCCCACGAACCUUGCCUGACCUUGGCUCUCGUCCGUUCGCUAAAGAAUUCUUCCCGCCCGAACUCCACGCAACGCUGGACGGCGAGGAUGACGGCGCCCCAGCGAGCAAGAAGCGGAGGACAGGACCCAAAACAUUGGGAUUAUCCAACAUCACCUCAUAUAGGACAGCAGAAGAAGUCUUCAUGCUGGAAGCACAGACUGGCGUUGCAGGUGGCGGUGCGAGCCUGGACAAGGCCCUCCAGCUCCUCAACACGCUCGAGAAGCGCGGUGACGAGGGCGAGGAGGAAUUCCUGUCUGGAGAGGAUGAUGACGACUGGGUCAAGAACAAUGGGGACGAUGAGGAAGAGGGUGACGCCGAGGAGGAUGAUCAGUAUGAAGAUGAAUCCGGCGACGAUUACAACGCAGAGCAGUACUUCGAUGGGAACCAGGAUGACGAUGAUUACGAUGACGGCGGCGACGACGGGGGUGAUUACUUCUAG